GGGAGCUGCCGGCAGCGCGCAGGGAGCGGGGAUCGCCCGGGGUCCCGCACGGCCCCGCACGGCCCCGCGGGCUGCUCUGCCCCCGGGACCGGGAGCCUGGGGACGGCGGUACCGGACGGGCCCCCCCGGGAUGCCGCCAGCCCCCCGCCGAGCCCGGCCGGGGCCGCUCCUGCCCUGAGCCAUGUGGGCGCGGGGGCCCCCCGAGCCCCGGCGGCGCUGCUGGCUCCGGGCUCUGCGGAGGCGGCUGCCGGUGCUGGGCUGGCUGCCCCGCUACUCGCCGGGCUGGCUGCAGCUCGACCUGAUCGCCGGUGUCACCGUGGGCAUCACGGUGGUGCCGCAGGCGCUGGCGUACGCCGAGGUGGCCGGGCUGCCCCCGCAGUACGGCCUCUACUCCUCCUUCGUGGGCUGCUUUGUCUACUGCUUCCUGGGCACCGCCAAGGACGUGACGCUGGGUCCCACGGCCAUCAUGUCGCUGCUCGUCUCCUCUUACGCCUUCCACGACCCUGUCUAUGCCGUGCUGCUCGCCUUCCUGACUGGCUGCAUCCAGCUGGCCAUGGGGCUCCUGCACCUCGGCUUCCUGCUGGACUUCAUCUCCUGCCCGGUCAUAAAAGGCUUUACAUCGGCUGCGUCCAUCACCAUUAGCUUCAACCAGGUCAAGAACAUCCUGGGGCUGCACGGGAUCCCUCGGCAGUUUUUCCUGCAGGUGUAUGAAACGCUGAGGAGGAUUGGGGAGACCAGGCCUGGGGAUGCCAUCCUGGGGCUGGUCUGCCUGGCAGCGCUCGCAGGGCUGCGGGCGAUGAAGAGCCGCCUGCCCCCCGCCAGCCACACGGAGCCGCUGGCCACCAGGGCCAGCUACCUGAUCGUCUGGACCUGUGCCACCGCACGCAACGCCCUCGUGGUCCUGUUUGCUGGCCUGGUGGCUUACUGCUUCCAGCUCAGGGGCUCCCAGCCGCUGACGCUCACCGGCAGCAUCCCCCAAGGCCUCCCCCCCUGCCGGCUGCCGCCCUUCUCCAAGGCUGAGCCCAACGGCACCGUGCCCUUCGGGACGAUGGUGGAGGACAUGGGAGUCGGGCUGGCUGUGGUCCCGCUCAUGGGCCUGGUGGAGACCGUUGCGAUUGCCAAGGCUUUCGCCUCGCAGAACGACUACAGGAUCGACCCCAAUCAGGAGCUGCUGGCCAUGGGCUUUGCCAACGUCCUGGGCUCCUUCUUCUCAUCGUAUCCCGUCACGGGAAGCUUUGGCCGGACAGCAGUGAACGCACAGACGGGCGUCUGCACCCCGGCGGGGGGGCUGGUCACAGGCGCCCUGGUGCUGCUCUCGCUGGCGUACCUCACCUCGCUCUUCUACUACAUCCCCAAAGCGGCGCUGGCUGCCGUCAUCAUCUCUGCCGUGGUCCCCAUGUUCGACGCUGGGAUCUUCAGGACGCUCUGGAGGGUUAAGAGGCUGGACCUUGUUCCCCUCUGUGUGACGUUCCUCUUCUGCUUCUGGGAGGUGCAGUACGGCAUUGUGGCCGGGGUGCUGGUCUCGGGGGUCCUGCUGCUCUACUCCAUCGCCAGGCCCCCGCUGAAGGUGUCGGGGCAGGGCACGCUGCUGGUGCAGCCGGGGAGCAGCCUGCACUUCCCAGCCAUCGAGCACCUCCGGGAUGUCAUCUGCAGCCGCGCUCUGUCAGCAGCACCCUCACCGCGCUCCAUCAUCCUGGACGGCCACCGCAUCAGCAGCAUCGAUUACACGGUGGUGGUGGGGCUGGCAGAGCUGCUGCAGGAGCUGCGCAAGCACGGCAUCUCGCUGGCCUUCUGCAGCCUGCAGGACCAGGUUCUCCGAGCCCUGCUGGCUGCAGACCUGGAAGGAUUCCGACAUUUCCCCAGCUGGGAGGAGGCAGAGCGGUGCAGCAGAGCGGAGCCGGGGGGCAGCGGGGCAGCCCCCUUCGACAGCACCAGCACCAGCGAGAGCUCGCUGCUGCCCACGGGGCUCAUCCAGUGAGGCAGAGGAGCCGUGUGGGGCUUUCUCAGGACCACGUCUCCUCACCCGAGCAGCUGUUCCCGAUAGCCCGGAGGCCCUGUGCAGGCAGGGCAGUGCCUGGCAGUGUGGGGGAGAGAUGGCAGGGGUGGGGGAGUGAUUCAGAGGGUUCCUAUCGCUGCCCCCCCUCCAUUCCAGGCUGGCCCCGUCCUGGGAGCAGCUGCCUUUUUAAAUCGGGUGUUUUAUUUUUGGAAACUUUUCUUACUCGGAUCUGUUUCGAGCUCUGACACAGAGCGUGCUCUUGUCACCGUGAGUUUCAAGGAUGCUGGAGCUGCCCUGCACGCCCAAGGCCGUGCUGCAGCUCUCAAGCUCAGGCUGCCAAGAAAUAAAGAAAACAUUGAUUAUUUUGCUUCUUACUCAUCCCUCUUGGUCUGUGGGAUUUUCUGCCGGACUCUGCCCUUCAGCAGGGCUGUGGCUGUCCUCCCACCUCUCGCCAGACUUCUGCCAGCCCUGCCAGGGGACAGCUGCUGUGCCAUCGGUCUCUGCCUUGCUGUGAAAUGGUGCUGCCAGACAGUGGGGUAUGGGGCCGGGGUCCACAGCAAAGCAGUUUUCCUGCGCUGCAGUUGGCUGACCCCAUCCCAUACGGAGGGCAUAAUAAAACAGUAACAAAGGA